AUGACAGGACUUGGCUCACCAUGUGGCGCGUGCAAGUUCCUACGCAGGAAGUGUGUCAAGGGGUGUGUCUUCGCGCCAUACUUCUGCCAUGAGCAAGGUGCUGCACACUUUGCCGCCAUCCAUAAGGUAUUUGGGGCAAGUAAUGCCUCAAAGCUCCUUAUGCAUCUCCCUGUUAGUGACCGCUGCGAGGCCGCAGUCACCAUGUCAUAUGAGGCACAGGCCAGGCUCCGUGAUCCAAUAUAUGGCUGCGUCUCACACAUCUUCUCUCUGCAACAGCAGGUAGUGAGUCUGCAAGCACAACUUGAAUCUCUGAAAGCUCAGGCAACAGAAGGGUACGGAGAUGGUUAUUCGAUCUCAAGCCCUCGAAAAGAUAGCUGCGGAAAUAUGUUUACAAAUUUGCUGCAAGAUGAGCAACUAUUUGUGAACCCAGCAAUGGCUAGUAAUUCUUCAGUAAAGAACGAGAAGGAAUCAUACUUUGCAAAUGAGCAGUUGGCUCCUGUGUCAGGUGAAUAUUCACAAGGCUUUGAAGCAGAGUUAUGCAUGAGUGAGUACAGCAACAGCAACCCUUGGUGCAGUGUGCAAGGGAAUGAGUAUGACGGCACGGAGGACCUCCAUUCAGUAGCCUUUGCCUAUCUGAACCAGGCAUGAGAUGGUGAUGCAUCAUUCAUGUGGUAGAAUGGUAGUUACUUGAACAAGUUGGAACAGUUUUGGUAACAAUAACUUAAAAUUCUUA